AAAGUUUCAGUUUGACAUCCGAAGCCGGUGGGAGUGUGCGGGUUGCUGUCGCCGGCGGCGAUGUCGACGGCUACAGCCACCACCCUGGCCUCCUACCCCGUCGCGCGGCCUCGCGGCAGGCGGACGGUGCGGCCGCCCGCGUGCGCGUUCCACCCGGAGGUGGCCCGCGCGGUGGAGUCGCUGCAGGCGGAGUUCCGGGAGGUGGACCGCGCCCUCGCCCUCAACUCCUACCGCGUUUCCGCCGCAUUCCGCGCCGCCCGCGUCGCCCCCCACCACUUUGGCGGGUCGACGGGGUACGGCCACGACGACGCCGGCGGCAGGGAGGCGCUCGACUCCGUCUUCGCCCACGUCGUCGGCGCCGAGGCCGCCAUCGUGCGCCCCCAGUUCUUUUCCGGCACGCACGCCAUCGCUUGCGCUCUGUUCGCGCUAUUGCGGCCUGGACACGAGCUCUUGGCGGUCGCCGGGCCUCCCUACGACACCUUGGAGGAGGUCAUUGGGAUCAGGGGGUCAGACAAUGUAGGAUCACUCAAAGACUUCGGAAUUACCUACCGAGAAGUUCCGCUAGCAGCAGAUGGUGGCCUCGACUGGGAUGCGCUUGCACAUGCCGUCAGACCGGAGACAGGGUGCGCGCUCAUACAGAGGUCCUGUGGUUACUCAUGGCGCAAGAGCCUCGGCAUAGAUGAUAUUCGUAGAACCAUCGAUUUGGUCAAGAUGCAAAAUCCAAACUGCAAGGUCAUGGUUGACAACUGCUACGGUGAAUUCGUUGAGACAUCAGAGCCUCCAAUGGUGGGAGCAGAUCUGAUUGCCGGUAGCUUGAUAAAGAACCCCGGCGGUACCAUUGCGCCUUGUGGUGGCUACGUUGCUGGGAAGAAAGAUUUGGUUGCCGCAGCUGCAGCUCGCCUAUCCGCACCGGGCCUUGGGGUGGAGUUUGGGUCAGCACCUGGCCAUGUUAUGCGAGCGAUGUUUCAGGGCUUGUUUCUUGCUCCGCAAAUGGUUGGAGAGGCAGUAAAAGGUGGUUUGCUAAUUGCAGAAGUCAUGUCAGCCAAGGGCUAUAGAGUUCAACCACUUCCAAGGGCGCCACGCCAUGAUAUUGUGCAGGCAGUAGAGCUUGGCAACAGGGAGAGACUCAUAGCAUUCUGUGAAGUUGUUCAACAAACUUGCCCAGUAGGAUCGUUUAUUAAGCCAACUGCUGGGGAAACUCCGGGUUAUGCUUCAGAGGUCAUUUUUGCUGACGGGACAUUCAUGGACGGAAGCACAAGUGAGCUAUCAUGUGACGGGCCCUUAAGAGAUCCAUACGCUGUAUUCUGUCAAGGAGGAACGCAUUGGACACAGUGGGCUCUUGUCCUGGGUGAAAUUCUCAAGGUCAUAUAGCUGUUUGUUACCAGAACUAUGUCCCAUUUCUUGAAUGGAGGUUAUAUAUAGCCAUUUUCUUGAAUGGAGAUCUAGAACUAUAAUUGACUAGUGAAGUAGUGAGUACUUAAUCAUCAGGAACUAUCAUGGUCACCAAAUUCUUUUGGUUGAACCUAUCGGUGAUUUAAGGCAACAGGUUUCAAGGCUGUGAAGAAUUCAGCAGGCUGUAUUAUGCAUCAAUUGAUUGCCAGAGUAAGUUGAAGCCGGAGCAUCAUUGACAUUGGAUAGCUCAUGCGAUCGACUCGGCAGUUGAUUAGGAUGCCACACCCUAGACUGUAGUGGGUUAGUUAGAAAUGCUUUGGAAGUGGUGUACCAUGUACUGCCAGUUGUAUGAGUUUGCCCAUUCAUUCAUUCUGGAGGAUUCAUUUGCGUACAGCGGAUCUCCAUUGCUGAAUUGUUAGGGCGACUCUUUUUAUGCUUUUAUAUUUCAAACUUUGUUGCUUGAUAGUUUAGA